CAUCCGCCGUUAAACAAUCAACCGAAGAAGAAGAAGUGCAACGAAGAAGACCAACACCCAGGUAGUCAUGGCUUGGAUACAUAUAGCUUAGAUAGAAGUAGGCUUUGCAUUUCGGUCACUGGGGGUAAACAAGGUUCCAGCAGUUCUAGUGAGCCGUCUGUACACAAUUACAGGAAACACCUUGCAGCUGCACAUUAGCAUUAUCAGACUUUAUAAUAAUAUUAAAGCUUCGCUCUGAUGUCAGGAUAAAACUUUUAGGAGGACUGUAGCCAGUACCUCUAACAGGGCAGUCCAGAUCUUUUUUUUUUUUGUUCACCACUGGAGACAAAUGUUUUUUAGCCAUGGAGCAAGGUGUUGUGGACAGUCCUGCAGUUACCCUUGUCAUCAGGGCACCCAACCAGAUGUACGAUGACCAGACCAUCAACUGUUGCCAGAAUUGGACUGUGAAGAAACUUAAAGCACACCUGUCAGAUGUAUACCCAUGCAAACCAGUGGGCCAGGAUUGGAAAUAGGCAAUUUAAAUUCCUGAAUGGUCGUACAGUGAAUGCAGGCUUUAAGAGGACACACCUGACCUUGUUGCACUGCCAGAGCUCCAAAGACCAGAGGCUGGUGUAUUCUGGGAAGCUGCUUUUGGAUCACUUUACCUUAAAAGAUGUGCUCAGAAAGCAGGAUGAGUACCAUAUGCUCCAUCUGGUGUGCGCCUCACGAACCCCUCCCAGCUCGCCGAAGCCCCCCUGCAGCCGCAGUAACAAGCCUCAGGAGAACUUAGUCGGUCCCACGCCCCUUCAAAACUCUACUAGUCCUUCCACUGGUCAACAUAGCCAGUCAUCUACAGGAGAGAGCAGUGAUGGACUCAGACAGCGAUCUGGACCCUUCCCUUACCACCAGAUGUAUCCACAAUUUAUGGUACACAGCUGGAAUCAGUACUCCCCACAGUCAACUCCUCUCCCAAACAUGCCCGCCUAUUACAACCCCAUGACACUAAUGUGGUGGCAGCAGUUGUAUGCCCGGCAAUACUACAUGCAUUAUCAGUUACUGGCUGCCUCCUCUCAACACCUCAGGCCAGACCAGCCCUCGACUCACUCUAACCGGCCCGACCCUCUGAACCAGCGACCUCAGGCGGAUCGGGGCCGUGGCAACCAGGAAGUCCAGAUGAACGCCCAGGGAGGGGAGAUCAUGAACGAGGAGGAACUGAACCGGGAUUGGCUGGACUGGGUGUACACAUUUUCACGUGCUGCGAUCCUACUCAGUAUAGUCUACUUCUACUCCUCCUUCAGCCGGUUUGUCAUGGUGAUGAUGGCCAUGCUAGUGCUUUACCUGCAUCAGGCCGGCUGGUUUCCCUUCAACCUGGAGAAUGAACUCCCUGGAGACAGAGCCAAUCAGGACGAUAUGGAGGGAGAGCUACAAAACCACGACUUACAGGAAAUGGAAGGAUUGAUGGAUGACGGCUCGGACGAUGAUGGGGAAAGUGGAGAGGAAGGAGCAGAGGAUCCAAACAGCGCCCCCCACACAGGCUUCCUGUCCUCCACGUGGUCGUUCAUCAUAACCUUCUUCAUGUCACUCAUCCCAGAGGGACCGCCAAACGCUGCUAACUGAACCACGAGCCGCCACAGGGGCACAUUCUUAAGAAGACGAGUAUCCUACCUGCUUAGGGAAACUGUUUUCUGUUGGCAGUACAGUGUUGUAGUUUCCCAAUAGUGUACUUUACUACAUAUGUAAGACUCUGAGCCAAAACACAAAUGACUGAUUUAACCCAAAAAGUGGUCACUUUAUGGAGUUUUUGUUUUUUUGUCUACACAAAGAAAAACAUUUUGAAUUGUCCAAUGACACGAAGAUUAGUUUAAAUGCUAUAUACAAGGAUUGGUAGGGAUGCCUCAUAAACAUAGUCAAAAUAAUAAGUGUCUGUCAAUGCAUUCUGUAAUUUUUAAAAUUGGGACAGACGGCAUAUUUAUAAAGGAAAUUACCGACGGCACUUCUUGUUUUUAACAACCUGAAUCUCUUUUUCAUUUGUGAGAAGCUGCAAUAUUUGUUAUUUUUGUUUGAGUUGUUAUGCUUUUUUGUAAUGGUGGUUGUAUCUAAACAAGACCAUUUUAUUUUAGUAAGGGCCACUUCAGUCCAAAAGCUAAACUUCGGAGAAUAAUCCUGAAUCAUGCAGCGUCUGUGAUAAUUUAGUGAUUUGGGCCUGAAAGCUCGUAAAAUGUGUCUGAACACAUUGUGUACUGUGUUGAAGUGUAUCUCAGAGUGAUGUUGGCUACAGAAGUAUGAUUUUUACUAGUGAAACAAUGUACCACUAAUUAUCUGACAGCCUGAAAGAACUGAGAGAAUUAGAAGAAUUAAUCUUCCAGAAUUAAUGGAAUAUCAAACAGGACAGUUGUUGUUGUUGUUGGGAUUUAAGUCAUGUGGCAUUGAGCGGAGACGAGACACUUUCAAAUGUUUUAUUGUUGAAUAAAGCACUGCCACAAUUCAGAGUUCAUGUAGGAAUAGGACAAAGCUACACCUCUUGAGUGUGUGAAAAUGGCUACUGCUGUAUCUUUAACAUGUAUACCAUAAUAAUCGUGUUUAUUAAAAGGUCCCAUGGCAUAAAAAUGUCA